UGCCUUUCGUCCGACCCACCGCCGCGGCACCGCCGACCGGACGAACCCUUUCCUCGACGCCGCCCUAGGAAUAGGAUCUGCGCCGCCGUCGCCCAACGAGCCGCCCGUCGUCGAGUCCUCCUCGACGCUGGUCGAGGAUCCAGUCCACCUGGAGCUGCACCAAGGACGCACCCCCCGGACAUAGAAGUGUAAACUGUGCGGCAAUUGUUUACACAUGUCCAUCUUUCGCUUCAUUCUCCUGAGAAUAGAAAGAAGUAGAGGCUGGAGAUGCUUUGCUACUGGAAUCCCUUCUGAUUCUAUAGCGGAGCUCAAUAGGGAAAUGGAAUCGAUAUUUGGCGAAUCUCCUUCAGCCAGCCCUUUGGGCUCAAAUCCUCCGCAGCAAGUAGUCCAUCCCACUCCUGCAGCCCGGGAGACACAACCGGGUCUUACCCAUGUUGAUUGCAGUGGCCAGGCAAAGAUGGUUGAUGUCUCACCCAAACAUGACAGUGAGAGAGUAGCUAUAGCCAGUUGCAGGGUCUUGCUAGGCCAGAAGGCAUUUAACUUGGUGGCGUCAAACCAGAUUGCCAAAGGCGAUGUACUUACUGUUGCAAAGAUAGCUGGAAUAACUGGUGCGAAGCAAACUAGUAACCUCAUACCCCUGUGCCACAACAUUAAUCUCUCCCAUGUUCGUGUUGAUCUCACUCUCAAUGAAGAGGACUCUAGUGUUGUCAUAGAAGGGGAAGCCACCACUUGCGGGAAGACAGGGGUUGAAAUGGAAGCAAUGGCUGCAGUGACCAUUGCCGGACUGACGGUUUAUGACAUGUGCAAAGCAGCUUCAAAGGACAUAUGUAUAACAGAUAUCUGUCUCCAGCACAAAUCGGGGGGAAAGAGUGGAAACUGGUCCAGGAAUUAGAAGCUUCAGUUGCUUUUCUGAGGAUAUGAAUGCAGGCCUGAAUUCUGACACCAGAAGGUUUUGAUUUGCUUUAAAUUUGUGCACACUAGAUGUUAAAUCUUUGAGCCAUCAGAGAAGGUUAUUUUGAAUUCCCUGCCUGUUAAUGCACUGCCCAACUGGUUAUGUUACCCAUGGUUUGUUGUGCAUUCUCCAUUGCUGCUCAUUGUACACAGACUGGUAUGCACAUGUCAACAUAAGGUGGAGUAAGUGAAAGUUGAGAAUAAAUAUGUUGAUAUUUUUGUGUCCUUGGUUGGAAGAGUGCAUAAAGGCCAGUUUUAUUAUACGAA